UAUUAAAAAUAACUCAUGUUUACAAACCUCUUGUCCACAGGAAUACUUCCUGAAGCGUUAAGAACAAAAUGCAUUCGCUGUACUGAUCGACAGAAGAAGACAGCUGUCAAAGUGAUCAAGAGACUGAAAUCUGAUUACCCCGAGGAAUGGGCCCAACUUUCCUCCCGUUGGGACCCCACUGGAGACUUCACUAGGUACUUCGAAGAAUACCUCACCAAGGACAACAAUUUGGAUAAAGUGCUUGGAACUGGCACUAACGAAAUCCCUGGAUCGUCACCACCGACCAUGCCACCACCGCCCAGCCCUCAACCUGAGUCAGACACUACAACUGCAUCCACUCCUGUUUUAUUGAAUAGGUUUGGUGAUAGUGCUGAGGACAUGUACAGUAGCCCGUCUUCAGUAAACGGGUCUCCGAUGCCGACAGUGCCGUCGCUGCUGUUAACAGUGCGCCCUCCUCCACAACCCGUCAGGCCAUGGAUGACAUCCAG